AUGGAUGUCUUAUUUAGAGUUGUACGUAAGAGCCCGACUGUCUUCAACUCUUUCCACAAGUCUCGCCACCAGAAGUUGCAUGACAAAUGGGGUGAGAACAAUGAAACAUUAAAUGAAGGAAUGACAUUUUACCUGAAGUAUCUUGGCUCAACUUUAGUUGAGGAAAUCUCAGAUGGUGAAAGUUAUGGUGAUGGCAUUAGCACAAAGGCUAUCCAAAGAGUAAUCUCCAUGGAGAAGAGUUCUGGAAAGAAAUGGAGGAAAGUGGCUCUAAAUGUGUCUCCACGUGGAAUUAAGAUGUGUGACAUGAUUAGCAAAGAAAUGCUACUUGAUGUCUGUAUUUACAGGAUUUCCUUCUGUACUGCUGAUAGGAACCAUGAAAGGAUAUUUGCUUUUAUUGCUCGCAACACAAUAAAUGAGACAAUGGAGUGUUACGUAUACGUCUGUGCAAAAAGAAAGAUUGCUCAAGCUGUUACCUUGACUGUAUCACAGGCGUUCCACAUUGCGGAGUAUUUGGAAGAAGAAGAAUUGGAGCGGUUAAAAGCUGUUGAAAAGGAAGCCCAAAAACGACUGUGUGUGGAAGACUUGAUUGAAAUUCAUGAUCACGGAUCGUUAUCAAAUGGUUAUCAUCCAAAACUUUCCAAUUCAGUCACCAGUAGUGAUGCUUCUACUCCCCUUAACCUUUCUCCACCAUCAAAUUCACCGUGCAUCAACCUGCAAGAAUUUGAUGAAGAUAAUUUAGAUGACUGUUUCUCAAGGCUUGCAGAAAAUCGGAUACGACGACAACCAUCAUUUGGCACAGAUAUUUUCAAUGAGGAUAGUGUUGAACAAUAUUUCAAAAAUAACAAGCGGUUAGAAGACUUUGUGCACCAAAAAUCUGUGGAAGAUUUGCUGUUGUUAUGA